UUCGUGCCGCAAUCGGACCGCUGUGUUCGAUUUGGAUUGAGGCGUGCUUCGAUUCGACGCUUCCCGACCUUUCCUCCAUCGCCCGCCCCCCUCCCCCUUUUUCUCGUCGUCUUCGUCCUCUUCCUCUUCCUCUUCCUCGGUGCUACCGAAACCAAAAACCCUAGACCAAUCAGGAGGCGACUUCCCUCGGCAAUCGAAUCCCUAGUUUCGGAUCUCCCUUCCUGCCCUUCCGAUCGGAGCUUCCACGGGGUUUUGGUUUUAGGGCUAGGGUUUCGUGUCUCUGAUCCGCGGAGAUGGAGCCUCGCGUGGGGAGCAAGUACCGCCUCGGUCGCAAGAUCGGGAGCGGUUCCUUUGGGGAGAUCUAUCUAGGUACUAAUGUUCAGACGAACGAGGAGGUCGCGAUUAAGCUUGAAAAUGUGAAGACAAAACAUCCUCAAUUACUAUACGAGUCAAAGCUGUAUAGGAUUCUACUAGGAGGAACUGGAAUUCCAAAUGUGAGAUGGUUUGGCGUUGAAGGAGACUAUAAUGUCUUGGUGAUGGACUUAUUGGGACCAAGUCUCGAAGAUCUUUUUAACUUCUGCAGCAGAAAACUCUCGUUAAAGACUGUUCUGAUGCUUGCAGAUCAGAUGAUUAAUCGAGUGGAAUUCGUCCACUCAAAGUCUUUUCUGCAUCGAGACAUUAAGCCGGAUAAUUUUCUAAUGGGUCUUGGAAGGCGAGCUAAUCAGGUCUACAUUAUUGAUUUUGGUCUUGCCAAGAAGUAUAGGGAUACUUCAACUCACCAGCACAUACCAUACAGAGAGAACAAAAAUUUGACUGGGACUGCUAGGUAUGCCAGUGUGAACACCCAUCUGGGCAUCGAGCAAAGCAGGCGGGAUGACUUGGAAUCUCUUGGAUACGUACUCAUGUAUUUCUUAAGAGGAAGCCUUCCAUGGCAGGGCUUGAAAGCUGGAACCAAAAAACAGAAGUAUGAAAAGAUUAGUGAGAAAAAAGUUGCCACAUCAAUUGAGGCUUUAUGUCGCGGAUACCCUACUGAAUUUGCAUCAUACUUUCACUACUGUCGUUCACUUCGCUUUGAUGAUAAGCCCGAUUAUUCUUACCUUAAGAGAUUGUUCAGAGAUCUUUUUAUCCGCGAGGGAUUUCAGUUUGAUUAUGUGUUUGACUGGACCAUUUUGAAGUAUCAGCAGUCGCAGAUUACCGGCGCUCCUCCUCGUGUUCUUGGACAUGGUGCUGGACCAAGCUCUGGUGUGGCCCCUCCGAUGGUAAAUGAUAGGCAAUCAGGUGGUGAAGAAGCAAGGGCGAGUGGCUGGUCAGCAAUGGACCCUUCGAGGCGGCGCGCAACACCUCCAGCUGUGAAUAGUGGCAGUUUGUCAAAGCAGAAGACUCCUGUGGUGAAUGAUUCAUCCGGUACUAAAGAUGCCAUGUUAUCCAGCUCAACUUUUCUUGGACGGUCAAGUGGAUCCUCAAGGCGAGCAGCUGUUUCUAGCAGCCGGGAUGUGGCAGGUCCAGAAAUUGACCAAUUACGAACUCGUACGACAGACGCAAGCCCUGGAACUUUCCGAAAACUCUCCGGUCCUCAGAGGAGCUCACCUCCGGUCGGUUCUGCCGAGCCCAAGCGCUCAUCUUCUGGCCGGCACUCGUCCAACAUCAGGAACUACGAGUCAACUCUUAAAGGCAUUGAAGGCCUUAAUUUUGACGGCGAUGAGAGGGUCAAGUACUAAUGAGCUAUAACUCGCUGAAUGAGAAAUUGUCAUAUUUGUCAACACUCUGAUUGGAGGAAGUUACAUACUUGGUAUGUCCUUUUUCCUUGAGGAGAGGGGAGAGAGGGUUAUGAAGAGGCCGGGUGGGGAUGUGGUUGGGGUUUGAAGUGCUUUACUGAGGUAUUUUUCCUGGAGAUGGCUAAUAAGACUAUGAGAAGGGUGGGUGUGAGGAGAAGGGAGGUGGUUUUGUACAUUUGGAGCUCUUUUAUUUCCUCAGGCCUCGUUAUUAUUAUUCUAUUUAUUUUCCUCGGAUAUUCUUUGUUAGGGUGGAAUUUACAUCCCAUGUUGUUUCCACAAAGUGUGACAAUGGUGUUAAACCAUUGGAAUUGUAUUUAAAAUGAAGUGUUCAGGACUGCAGUUAGGAUUCGUGUUUCUCUUUGCUGGAUAGUUAACUUGUACCUCUUUUUCUAUCUGAGUGAUGAAUCAUAGUUCUUACCUCCUUAGAUGUUUCUAUAUUGAAUCAUUUUAUCUGCGGAUCAUUAUUA